AGCGUGUCCGCCCACAAAAGCCACAGCUAUCUYCCCGAAUCUCUUCUCUGUGAAAAAGAAAAUCCAGUUCUGCGCGAAUAAAAAACGCCAUACGCUCAAAACAUAAACAGCUGUGACGGCUCGGGUUCGGCGCGAGACGGACGGCGGACGAGGCGUCCCCGCGUCGUGUGUCGGUCGGGCGGGGAGAGAGAAACGGCGGUGACAGGCAGGAGCAAAGAGAGGAGGGUGUUGUCCUGGAUGCUUAAAUGGAAGUGGGUGGGCCUCUACGGUCACACACCGCCAACUUCCCCGUGGAUGUCGCUCUGACAGGCACAAAUUAGCUCGUUUAUGGACUGUCUAUCCGGGCAGAGGAGUCGCAGGAAAGGGCCGCGAGGAGUCCGACGGAGCGGGCACGGUUAGCUCGCGCUCUGUUGUUCCCGUUAUUUUGGAGGGCUGCUUGAUUGUAAACGCGCUUGGCACCGCCCUUCCUGGCUGGGUGGGUGGUUUCGUCAAACGGGCAGAUCCGCUACGGCCCAGAGCCGAACAUAUAGGCCGUCCUCCGCCUCUGUACCCGGCCGGCCUUCUACCGUGAACUACACCCUCUCCCUCUCGGUAUAUUAAUGCGUUAUGAGUGACUCGAAGAAGGAAUCAGCUGGAACUGAAGGAGGGAAAGCAUCAAAACGGGGUAAAAGUUCUGGAUCGCAGGAUUCCUCUCAGCCCUCUCCGUUAGCGCUGCUKGCAGCCACCUGCAGUAAGAUCGGAGGGCAGGGGGAGGCGGCGGAGGGGGCCCAGGCCCAGGCGGGUGCCCAGCAGAUCCAGGUCCAGGCCGGUCAGAUCCAGCUGCAGGCGGGUCCGCUUCAGGGACAMAUAGUGGUGGACGCAGCUGGGGGUCAGGCCCUGGUGCCCCAGCAGCUGGAACUGGUCCCGGCUCAGUUCACGGGCAACGGCUGGCAGAUCAUCACAGCAGCUCCUACCAUGGCCAAGGAGAACAGCAGUCAACCUGUUGCUGUGACCGUGGCCACCACCUUGGCCAACGACAGCUCCCCUGGUGGACGCAAGGUGAAGGCAGCAGGUGGGACCAACAGCGUUGCAGCCAGUCAGCAGCAGCAGCAGUUCCAGAUCAUCCAGGUGCAGAACUUGCCCAGUGCUGGCAGCGGUGUGCAGUACCAGGUCAUCCCUCACCUGCAAACCGCCGACGGACAGCAGAUCCACAUCAACCCGCAGCCAGCCUCCAUCGGAGCUCUGUCUGAGCAGGUUCAGCUUAUCCAGUCCCCGAACUCAGGCCAGACCCAGGCUAUCCUCCAACCUGCCGGUCAGCAGACCAUCCUGCCAAGCACAGCCAAUCAGACGGUCCCGCUGCAGAUCCGCCCCGCACAGUCCUUCCCACUCCAGCUGCAGACGCUGCAGGGCUCGCAGACUCCCGUAAUGACCACKGUACCCAUAAACCUCGGCGGCAUGACCCUGGCUCUGCCUGUCAUUAACAGUGUGGGAGGGGGCGGGGCUGUGCAGCUCAUCCAAUCAGCAGAUGGCACGUUCUCCGUUGCUAACGGGAACCAGCUGGUGACGACAGCGGUGUCCGGAGGGGCUCCUGCUGCGACCGGGUCGACGCCGACAGCAGCCGAAGGCGACGUCGUGACCGAGGGGGUUCAAGUGGUCUCCGCCGGACAAGAGGCGGGAUCGGCUGACCCCAAAGUCCAGAACAGCGAGGCCGACUCGCAGAGCCAGAACCAAGCGAACGGGCUCCAGAGCCAGUCGGACUCACCGGGAAGCAUCCAGCAGGUGAUCGUGGGCCAGGUGGGGCACCAGCUGGUGCAGCAGAUUCAGCUGCAGCCCCCGGCUCAGAGCCAGGCUCAGACACAGGCCCAGCAGCAGCCCCAACACAUCCAGACCCUCCAGCUGGCCCCAGGACAAACCCUGCAGCCCAUCCAGGCCCUGCAGAACCCGGCCCAGGUUCUCAUCCGCGCUCCGACCCUAUCCUCCAACGGUCAGAUCACCUGGCAGACGCUGCAGCUGCCCGGGGGGGUCUCCCUGCAGGGAGGUCUGGGGACAGCUGUGCCACAGCAGCUGACUCUGACCCCGGUGGCAGGGGGGACGGCGGUGGGCAGCGGCGGGCUGGUGUCCCUGAGUGGAACUCCGCUGACGCUGAGCGCAGCUCAGAUUAACCCAGGUUCUGGGGUGCAGACGGUCAGCAUCGCUGGACUGGGCACAGCUGGAGUUCAGGUUCAGGGUGUACCUCUGACCAUUACUGGUCUACAGGGUCAACCACAGGGUCAGGACGGGGUCAAAGUUCAGUCCUCUCCUGUGACCGUCACCGUCGGCAAUGUGGCUUCAAGUUCGUCCCUGAGUCCAGACCAGCUGGGCUCCGUUCAGAGUUCUUCGGACCAAGAGGGGCUGCCCAGCAARAGGCUCAGACGCGUGGCCUGCUCAUGUCCAAACUGCAGGGACGGAGAAGGAAGGAACAGCGGGGACCCCUCAAAGAAAAAGCAGCACAUCUGCCACAUGGAGGGCUGCGGGAAGGUGUACGGCAAGACGUCCCACCUGAGGGCCCACCUGCGCUGGCACACCGGCGAGAGGCCAUUUGUGUGUAACUGGAUCUUCUGUGGCAAGAGGUUCACCCGGAGCGACGAGCUGCAGAGACACCGGAGAACACACACAGGAGAAAAGCGCUUCGAGUGCCCCGAAUGCUCCAAGCGCUUCAUGCGCAGCGACCACCUCUCCAAGCACAUCAAGACCCACCAGAACAAGAAGGGCGGCGCCGCCGUGGCCAUCAUCACCACCGACGACAUGGAGGACGACGCCCCCGAGGGCCUGCCCGACUCCCCGCAGAUMGUCUCCGUGGGAACCCUCACGCGGGACUCAGAACCCGCCACGCCCACCACCUCCAACCACCUGGAGGAGGAGGAGUUUGAAUAGACAAACGGGAAAGGGCCGACCUCCUCUUUUGUUACUGGAGGUUUUUGCAGGGACUCUAAGGUUGUUUUUAAUUAUUUUACAUACAUUUAAAAAAAAUCAGAAAGGAGACAAAUUCAUCUAAUGAAUAUAAGCUGAGAAAAACAAUAUAGACAUUACAAUCUAAGGAAAAGUAAAAUAACUUAUAACAAACAUUUAAACUCUAUGAAGAGAUUAGUUUGGCAUUUAUGAAAUUAAUUUAUAAAAUUUCCAUGUGCAGUGGGGGAAGGGAGCUAAGAYGAGCACAAGACGGGAGGGAGGGGGAGGGGCUGGUAAAUCGAAAACCAUCCGACACYGAGAGGCAUUUCCUAACAGAAUCUAACUCUAUGCACAAAGUUGUGUUCCUGUUUCAUACCUGUCAGACAGAGCUGAGGUCAAUCACGGUACAGGAUGGGUGCAGAGCGGCGACAGAGCUGGGGCAGCUUUGGGACAGUGUGUGUGUGUGUAGAUGUGAACACGAAUGAGCGCCUGUUUGUAUUCCCACGCUGUCCCGCUCAGGAUCUACCUAAAAUUUUAUUUAUGGUUCAGGUUUAGUCCUCAGAUCAGAUUCAGGAGUUGAUUUGUUUGAUUAGUCAACAAAUUGAAGAGGAUCGAUGGGGGGGGAGGGUCAUUCUUAAAAAAAAGAAAAAGAAAAAAAUAGGACCGGGAAAGUAGAAAAAACAAGCACAUAUGAAAGAUUUAUAAAAUGAUGCAUUCCUAUUGAGGCACAGUGGCCAUUAGAGGAAAAAAGGUUUCUAUAGAGACAAAAAAAAAUAACAAAAAAAAAAACAAUCUAGCUUUCUGCAACUUUGUGUAGUGAAAGCAAUACAAUAAUGACAAUCCUAGUGGAACCAUGUUUACAUUGUCGGGGUGGGAGUUUUUGUUAACGAAACAAGCCAGUUUGAUCCUGGUUUCAGGAAGACCGCAGGAAGUGGUGCUGUCGUUUGAACAAACCACAGAGUGGCUUUACCAUCCAAGCUGCACAAUCGGUUGAUUUUUCUUUUCUAUCGUCAAAUAGCUCCAGAUGGUGAGACGCACCAACGGCUUUGUCAGAUGGCAGCACGGUCGCUGAUGUUUCUUAAAGCGAUAGGUCGGAUAUUUUAAAGUGGGGCUCCGUGGAAAGGUUGAAAAAAGAAUAUCUUACCUGUURUAGAUAGCUYUUCGUGUGAGCUCAGUUUGGAGAAACRGGUUUUAUUUUGAACAGAUUGAUGAGCUAACGGCUAGCUUCAAUUUAGCUAAAACCAAAGUGAAUUUUUUGUCAUCUUAAACAACUCAAAUCUCAAAAAUGUUCAAAGCAGUUCACUUUGAUGCUAAUUUAUAAACGUUUACACCCCGGUUUGUUUAGCAUCACAUAGUUAUUAAUGUUUACUGUGUCUGUAWUUAUCUGUACUGAAUCAYCAAGUGGAUUUUAGYGAAACUUUCAGAGCCAAUUCAAGAUGGCCGCCACAACAAAGCAAUCUUAUCAAACCCAUAAAUAGCAAUAAUUCAGUCUUUUUUUUUUUUUAAUAGCUAAGAUUGAUACCGAACACAUCCUGAGUACAGAAUAUGUGCAAGAUUUGGGUUGAAAAUAUUGCCAGUAACUACUUGGGACUUUGUUAGCAAAAUAUCCUUAUGAACCACAGAGCAAACRUUUACAAAACUUUCAGGUAAUGAUCAUUUUUUUUGGAGCCAACUCAAUUUGCAAAGCACAAUAAAAAACAGCUUUAAUCAAGUCAGUUCUACAAAUACUGGGCUUAAAUUAGGUGUGAAUGCAGCUGAGUGUGAUUCACAGCACACGCUUUGACCGUGACGUGGUGAUUUCACGAGCGUGUGCAUAAUGUUAUUUUCAAGGUUCGACCAAAUCAGCUGCAACACAAGGUUAUUUCAGUCAAACUCGGGCCUGAAAGACAGCAGAGGUAGAYGACGUUUUCAAGGAAAAAAAAUACAGCUGUAAUGUGAAAUGGACACCAGACACCAUUUUUCUUUUAGGUGGAAGUUGUUUUAAGACAGAAACAAGCCAUUUCCAUGUAGCCUUUAGAACGCAAAUCUGUUCAAAAUGAAUCCAUUUCUCCAAACUGGGGAUGUUUAAAGAUAUAUCUACAACAAAUAAAAUGCUGAUUGUUCAUAACAGYUCCAUAGAACCGCACUUUAAAUGAUCUGAACGAUCCUUUUAAUGCUGCUUGUGCUUUGGUGAGAAGCCCUCCUCAYCUCUAACCUGCAGUAUGACUGAUUCAACCCCGUCGUCCAAUUAAAAGCUGUCUUUUUCAGACAGAGGUAAAGAGGGGCCAAAGCAGGAGCAGUUCAAGUAAAAACAAAGUUGGAGAGCGGCAGAAGGGUCGGGCUGUUUAGCUGUGUGGAUAUAAUAAUAUUUUCCGGUGAUGUUGGUCUGUGUUAGUUCAGUGCGUAAUUUUUUUUUAUUUAUUUAAAAAAAUAAAUAAAUCGACAUUUAUUUCAUAGAAUUUAACCAGUUUUCUUUUUAACGCCUCGCUCCGAGAGUUGUUAUUACACAGGACCCCACUGUGUAUGGCUAAUUUAUAAUUUAUCCUUGAUUUGUAAUAUUUGCCUUUCGCUGGACUCGUAUUUGUGUGCGUUGAUUCUUGUGUACAGCAUGUUUCAGUUCUUCGCCGUAGUGCUGCUUUUUAUUUGAUUUUCGUUACGCCCGAUUGUUGCUCUUCAGUUGAACUUUUUCUCUCUCUUUGCGCCAUAAUGUGUUUUUGGAGGAACAAAAAGAACAAAAAAGAAGAAAGCAAAAAAAAAAACUUUUAAAAAAAGCUAUUGUCCUUAUCUGAAAAAGGGUUGAUACCAAACGACUUUAGAUGUUUUCAAAUCUUUUUUGUGUGACGACUAACUUUUUUCUUUUCUUUUCUAUUUUGUAGUGACAUCUCAUUUGUAAAUCUUUUUCUAAAAAGAUGUUUGUCCGUCUCCAUGACAUUUGAUAAUGGGUUUUUUGUCAGGUUAGCCUUAAAGGCUCCAGUUUAUUGAUAUUUUUAAAACUGGUUUGUACAAAUGUGGUAUGUCAAAUAAAAACUAAAAAGAAAUUCGAAGCAGAAAAACAUGCUUUUGCCUGCUUAACACUUGACAAUAAAGUGUGUCUUAAAUUUC